AUGGAAAGCAGCGGCGUGGGCUCUGGCGUUUCUCCUGUUGGGGUGCCUGUGGCCGCAGCGGAACAGCCCCAACAAAAUCAGCAGCUACAGCCCCAGCAGCCCCAGCAACCACAUUCCGGGGGAGAUGCCGUGGAGCUCGUGGGAAACGGACUGGACGGGGCAGGGGUGGCCCCCGAAGGCGGGGAGGGCAGUGGUGGGUGCCAAUCAGGGGGUCGCCAGCGCUCCCUGCGGGCGGUAUAUGUGCUGAAUGAUAGCCCCAAGAGUGGGGCAGGGGGCAGCCCUGAGGCCGGGGCGCUGCAAUGCCUCCAGCGUGCUUGUGAGGCAGAAGGGGCCCACCUCGCCACUGUCAAUUUCGGGGAGUUGGACUUCGGGGAGACUGCAGUGCUGGACACCUUCUACGAUGCAGAUGUUGCUGUGGUAGAUAUGAGUGACAUUUCCAGACAGCCAUCCCUCUUCUAUCAUCUUGGUGUACGAGAAAGCUUCGACAUGGCCAAUAAUGUUAUACUUUACCAUGAUAUUGAUGCAGAUACUGCUCUCUCACUUAAGGAUAUGGUCACUCAAAAAAACACAGCAUCUAGUGGGAAUUAUUAUUUCAUCCCUUACAUUGUAACACCUUCUGCUGAUUAUUUUUGCUGUGAAAGUGAUGCCCAGCGGAGAGCCUCAGAGUACAUGCAGCCCAAUUGGGACAACCUCCUUGGCCCACUGUGUGUUCCUCUGAUGGACAGAUUUAUCAGUCUUCUCAAGGACAUCCAUGUUACCUCAUGUGCUUAUUACAAGGAAACCUUGUUAAAUGACAUUCGGAAAGCCAGAGAAAAAUAUCAAGGUGAUGAAUUGGCAAAGGAACUGGCCAGAAUUAAACUCCGUAUGGAUAAUACUGAAGUCCUGACAUCAGACAUUGUCAUUAACCUGCUAUUAUCAUAUCGUGAUAUCCAGGACUAUGAUGCUAUGGUAAAAUUGGUAGAAACACUGGAGAUGCUACCCACGUGUGAUCUGGCUGAUCAGCAUAAUAUCAAGUUCCACUAUGCCUUUGCACUAAACAGGAGGAAUCAUGCUGGUGACCGAGGAAAGGCACUCCAAGUGAUGCUUCAGGUUCUACAAACAUGUGAUCAUCCUGCUCCAGACAUGUUCUGCCUGUGUGGGAGAAUCUAUAAGGACAUAUUUCUUGAUUCAGACUGCAAGGAUGUGGAAAGCAGGGACUGUGCCAUUGAAUGGUACCGAAAAGGAUUUGAGCUCCAGUCAUCUCUUUACUCUGGAAUUAAUCUGGCUGUUUUGCUGAUAGUUGCUGGACAACAAUUUGAAACUUCUAUGGAACUGAGGAAAAUAGGUGUCCGGCUGAACAGUUUGCUGGGAAGAAAAGGAAGCUUGGAAAAAAUGAACAAUUACUGGGAUGUUGGUCAGUUCUUCAAUGUGAGCAUGUUGGCCAAUGACAUAGGGAAAGCAGUGCAAGCAGCAGAGAGGCUAUUUAAACUCAAACCUCCUAUUUGGUAUCUGCGAUCAUUAGUUCAGAACCUGCAACUAAUUCAGCGCUUUAAGAAGCUCACCAUUGAGCACUCUCAUAGACAGGAGCUGCUUAAUUUCUGGCUGGAUAUAAUUUUUGAGGCAACGAAGGAAGUCACAAAUGGACUGAGAUUUCCAGUUCUAGUGAUUGAGCCAACCAAAGUCUACCAGCCUUCUUAUGUUUCCAUAAACAAAGAGGCAGAGGAGAGAACUGUUUCUUUAUGGCAUGUCUCCCCCACAGAAGUGAAACAAAUUCAUGAAUGGAAUUUUACAGCCUCCUCCAUUAGGGGAAUAAGCAUAUCCAAGUUUGAUGAACGGUGCUGUUUUCUUUAUGUCCAUGAUAACUCUGAUGACUUUCAAAUUUACUUUUCUACUGAAGAUCAAUGCAGUAGGUUUUGCUCUUUAGUCAAAGAGAUAAUAACUGAUGUGGCGGGCUGUACAGUGGAAUUAGAAGGAGAGAUCGAUGGGGAUACAUUAGAGUAUGAAUAUGAUUAUGAUGAGAAUGGUGAAAAAGUGGUCCUAGGAAAAGGCACAUAUGGAAUUGUAUAUGCUGGGAGAGAUCUUAGCAACCAAGUUCGAAUAGCCAUCAAAGAGAUACCUGAGAGAGAUAGCAGGCAGGUCUCUGAGUAUUUACUGGCUGCAGAAAAAGUGUUCAUCUGCAUUGGAAGCCUUUCUGCCCUUCUGAGAUCAAAAUGGGGUCCAAUGAAAGAACCUACAAUAAAAUUUUAUACCAAGCAGAUACUGGAGGGUCUUAAAUAUCUCCAUGAAAAUCAGAUUGUACAUAGAGAUAUAAAGGGUGAUAAUGUUUUAGUAAACACUUAUAGUGGAGUGGUGAAGAUUUCUGACUUUGGGACUUCCAAACGACUGGCAGGAGUGAAUCCAUGCACUGAGACUUUCACAGGCACUCUACAGUAUAUGGCUCCUGAGAUCAUUGAUAAGGGCCCUCGAGGAUAUGGUGCCCCAGCUGACAUCUGGUCCCUGGGCUGCACCAUCAUUGAAAUGGCAACAGGCAAACCUCCAUUUCAUGAGCUUGGGGAACCUCAAGCAGCUAUGUUUAAACCUACAGUUCUAUCCACUAUAUCCUUCUACCGUUUUAGCAGAAACAGUCUCUUGCCUCAUUCCCAUAUCCUGCUGAGCUUCAUGUGGUCUGUUCUUUCCCCCUUGGUCUGUCCAGAGCUUCGAGCCCACUUUGAGCCAGCCUCUGAAAUGGAGGGAGUAGAUAAGGAUGGGGAUGAAGUAGAAGAGGAUUACCAGCCAGGAGAUCCCAGUGGAAAUGAAGAGCCCAUUGCCUCUUCUGGAGUGAGCAGGGCAGGCUCUGUACUAACCCUGGAAUCUCAACAGCAUCACAGACUGAACCUUCAGUUGAACAAGCUCAGACAAGAAACUAACAGGCUUCUGGAACACUUGGUUCAAAAAGAGAGGGAAUACCAGAAUUUCCUAAGGCAGGCUCUUGAACAGAAAACUCAAGAAUUGUAUCUUCUACAGUUGCGGUCCAAAUCUGCUGAUAAUCUGGUUAAUCCAGCACGACCUGUUGAAUCACAGGUACAAAGCAUAGACAAAGAGCUCACAGACUGGUUGAAACUACAAGGAGCUGAUGCUAAUGCAAUGGAAAAGAUUGUUGAAGAGGGUUACACUCUUCAUGACAUUCUUAAUGAUGUCACUAAAGAAGACCUACGAUAUCUUGGGCUUCGUGGUGGUCUUCUCUGCAGAAUCUGGAACACAGUCUCAAAACACAGACAACAAGCUUGUGAACCUUCACAAAUCAAACAUCAGACUUAAUUACAGUUUCCAAAAAAACACUAAAAAACAAAAAACUGGGAAUGAAUGAGUUAAACAUUCCACAUCUUUGUUGUUAAACUUUCUGUAUAUAUGUAUAUAUAACUUUUCCCUUUUUUUUUGCAAAAUAUUGUUCAAUUAAUUUAGGAAUUUAAUUCUAAAGAUACAUAUUUUGCAAAAAUGGAUGUCAUUUAGAAUAAAUGUAAUGAUGCAUUUAUGUAAACUGAAAUAUGUAGACACAACACACACAGUGUCAUAUCCAGCUAAAGAUAGAUCCUGGUUUAGAUACACCAGUAAAUCCUGAAUUUUUUUUUAAAUAAUAAUUUUAACUUACUAAUUGAAAUGUAUACAUUUAUGUUCUAUAGCACUUGCUCAGAGAGUAUUAUAAGAAAAAAUAGUAUUAUAAUAAAAUAACCAUUGCUAGUACUGCAUUUUUACAAAGAUGGGCUAUUAGUAUAAAAUUAACAAUCAGCAAAGGAAUAUUUCCUAUUGUUCUUAAAAAAACUGAAAUUUUAAAUGUA